GCUUACGAUUCCUUCGUCUUUUAGAGAGCGAGCGAGACACCAGCCUUAUUCUCUCCGUGCGUGCUUGCGUGUGUGCGUGUGUGUGUGUGAGAGAGAGAGAGAGAGAGAGAGAGAGAGAGUGUGUGUGGUAUUCCAACGUCGAGAGCAGAGCUACAAAAGUAGAAGAAAGAUCCAUCUUUCUGCUCUGCGCUCUCUGCUCUGUUCGAGAGGAUGCAAUUACUUCCAGUUUCAAUUUGACCUUUCAAGGUGGAAAGUCGUUGCUUUCAACGGUGGUGAAUCUCGCCAGCAAACCGGGUAGUGUUGAUCCUUCUGUGACACAGGAAAAGAGACACCGCUUGAUUGCCAAAGGUUUGAACUAGAUGUCAAGAGUUUGUUGGCCAUACUUUGAUCCUGAAUAUGAGAGCUUUAGCACCAGAAUUAAUCCUCCAAGGGUGUCCGUAGACAACAUUAGUUGCCAUGACUGUACUCUAAUCAAGGUUGACAGCAUUAACAAACCAGGAAUUCUGUUGGAAGUUGUGCAAAUACUGAUAGAUCUUGACCUCAUCAUUACCAAAGCUUACAUCUCCUCUGAUGGUGGAUGGUUCAUGGAUGUAUUUCAUGUCACGGAUCAACAAGGAAACAGGGUAACAGACAGCAAAACCAUCGACUACAUAGAGAAGGCUUUAGGACCAAAUGGACACGUGAAGGACAAGUUGAGGACUUGGCCAGGCAAAAGGGUUGGGGUACACUCUAUUGGUGAUCACACAGCUAUUGAGCUCAUUGGCAGGGACCGUCCUGGUCUCUUAUCUGAGAUCUCCGCUGUUCUUGCCAACCUCAACGUUAAUGUUGUUACAGCUGAACUAUGGACGCACAAUGGGCGAAUAGCAUGUGUUCUUUAUGUCAAUGAUAACACCACAAACCGUGCCGUAGAUGACCCAACAAGAUUAUCUGUAAUGGAGGAGCAGCUUAAGAACAUCUUGCGAGUACGUGAGGAUGACAAGUGGGAGGGCUGCACAAGUUUCUCCAUGGGGUACACCCAUGUUGAUAGACGGCUCCAUCAGAUGUUUUUUGCUGAUAGGGACUAUGAAAGAGGUGGAGUAACAACUGAGAUUGAUUAUCCUCCUGCAUUCAAACCAAAAAUUACAGUUGACCGUUGCGAGGAAAAGGGGUACUCAGUGAUUAGUGUACGGUGCAAAGAUCGUGCAAAACUAAUGUUUGACAUCGUGUGCACACUCACAGACAUGCAAUAUGUUGUUUUCCAUGCCACCAUUUCAUCAGAUGGCCCGUAUGCAUCACAGGAAUAUUUUAUUCGUCACGUGGAUGGGUGCACACUUGAUACCGAAGGAGAAAAGGAAAGGGUCGUUAAAUGUCUUGAAGCAGCUAUUCAAAGAAGAGUAACUGAGGGUCUAAGCCUAGAGCUCUGUGCAAAGGAUAGAGUAGGUUUACUAUCUGAAGUAACAAGGAUCUUGAGAGAGAAUGGAUUAUCAGUCACCAGAGCGGAUGUAACAACAGUUGGGGAGCAAGCAGUGAAUGUUUUCUACGUUAGAGACGCUUCAGGGAAGCCGGUGGACACAAAGACCAUUGAAGCACUUCGCAAAGAAAUUGGACACACAAUCAAGCUCAAUGUGAAGAAGGUCCCAGCAGCAAGUUUAAAGGCACCUGAGGCUAGUGGAUGGGCUAAAACGAGCUUCUUCUUUGGUAACUUGUUGGAAAGGUUCUUAGCUUAAAAAACUAUAUCCGUAAAUUGAUCCAAACAGACACAUUGGCAGUGUACAGAAUAAUGAAGCUGUCUGUGAUCAUUGUGGGCAGGCCCUUGUACAAUGGACAUGAAUGCUUACAAUGCUAUGCUGUCUGAACAUGGUUUUUCUUUUUUA